AUGUCGUCUUCAAUGGGCGAGCAUGGGGUGUUCAAAGUUCCAGAGUCUGCACAGACCCAAAACAAACCGGGUUUAGAAAGCAGGAUGGCGUUUGCUAGCGAAUCAUCCAAGCUAGAGCAUGAAGGGGAAUUCAUCGAGUACACUGGCUCAGGCAAGUUGACAGACAAGAAAGUACUCAUCACUGGAGGAGAUUCUGGGAUUGGCCGAUCAGUCGCAGUAUUGAUGGCGAGAGAGGGGUCAGAUAUCAGCAUUGUCUACUUGCCGAAGGAGCAGGAGGACGCCGAGUUUACCAAAAGGAUGAUCGAGGGGGAAGGCAGACAAUGCCUCCUCAUACCGGGCGAUCUAAGAGAUCGCAAUUUCUGCCAUUCAUCAAUCGAGGAACAUGUCAAGAGAUUCGGUGCACUCAAUGUCCUUGUCAACAAUGCAUCGAAGCAGUAUAUAACCCAGAAAUUCGAGGAUAUCGAUCUAGACAAGACCGAAGAUAUUUUCAGAUCCAACAUCAUCCAGAUGAUUACGAUGGCCAAAUACGCACUCCCCCAUAUGUCGUGUGGAGAUUCCAUUCUCAACACGUCGUCCAUUGUGACUUUUCGGGGAUCUGGAACCAUGAUAGACUACUCUGCAACCAAAGGGGCAAUUAUAGGCUUCACCAGGUCGCUGGCCAAGUACCUCAUUCCGAAGGGAAUUCGGGUGAAUGCCGUGGCUCCCGGUGCUAUUUACACUCCUAUCCAAGCAGAUACCCGGGAUGCCCAAUCAAUGGAAGGCUGGGGGAGCAAAGUAGGGCUCGGUCGACCAGGGGAGCCCAGCGAAGUUGCAACCAGCUUUGUCUUCCUGGCCAGUGCAGAUGCCUCACUUUAUUACGGACAGGUUUUACAUUGUUACGCACUCGGCGACUAA